CUCACGGUCACGGAUGCUGUUGGGGUUGGGUGGUGUUCCACAUAAUAAACAUCACUGUGGUUUCCUGUUUCCUGUGUUGUUUUACUUUUAUUAAUAACUUAAUAUGCGGUUGAAUCGAUCCGCCAAUCCGUAAACAGACUACAGUGCUUAAAAUGUGUUGACCAACUUUAAAGCGAAGUGCAAAAUGUAAUUAAUUGACAACUCAAAAAUUAACGAUCCCGGUGUAUUCCUCUAGCAAUAGGGAUGGGCUAUACCUUUGUUUAUUUUGUACUUGCUAUUUGCGAAAUAGUAGCACAAGAAACUACGACCAAAUACUCAACUACGAUCAGUAAAUUAAAAUUAGAACUUCUAAAACUCGAAGACACACCUUAUGAUAAUAAUAAUGCUAGUACUACUACAGAUACAGAAGUCCCAUCUAAACCAAGAAAUUUGACUGUAUUAGACUACACUUCAAAUAGCAUCCGUUUAAGGUGGAUGAAUCCUGAGAAAAAAAACAGUGCUAUUGAGGGAUACAGAGUGUAUUAUAUUCAUAAUAACUUUACUGAAGUGUGGCCUGAUAAAAUACCCUAUAACGAUUCUUUGAAUAUCUACAAUUUAACUAGACUGAAACCUAUGACUGAAUACACAAUAUUUGUAAAAGCUUUCACACAGAAACAUGAAGGUUAUGCAUCUGAUUCGGUAAUAGUAACUACAGAUAUAAAUGGACCUAGUGCACCAAGAAUUCUCAACUUGUCUUGCCAAGCUAAUGAGACUAUUCAUAUAUACUGGCAGAUACCAUCUAGCUUUUACUACUCAAUAGAUUACUAUUAUGUAUAUGUUAAUUUAGGAAAUUCUCUUUAUGAUAAUAUCACCAUUCCGACAAAUAAGGAUUAUUUACAAACUACAUACAAUCGUAAGAACGUUAUACCGAAUAAUGACUAUAAAGUCCAAAUUCGAGCUUCAACAAGAAGCAAUAGAAGCCACAGACUGAUCUUAGGAGAAUUCUCUGCUCCAUCUCGGGUUUACAUUUCUAAAAACUGUGAUAAAGUUUUAGACUAUCUAUCCCAUUCAACCAGCGAGCUAGGGGCAGGUAUUCUUGCAGGAGUAUUAUGUGCAACACUAGCUCUAAUCAUAGCAGGUCUAGCGUUUUUAGUUUGGAGGAAGUGCUUUCGAGCUCCUUAUUACUACCUGGAUAACCCACAAUGUUCAUCUGCAGCUUUAGACUGGAAUAUUACCCCAGAACCUACUACAGCAGCUGAAUAUACUGGUCCUAUUGCAGUGUCUCAGUUUGCAAGACAUGUGCAAGAACUUCAUGCAGAUGGCGACAUUGGAUUCAGCAAAGAAUAUGAAUCUAUUCAGAAUGAUGCUGCUAAUGAAAUUAACAGUUCAGAAGAUUCACAGCAUCCUGAUAACAAGCCCAAGAAUAGAUAUCUUAAUAUUAUUGCUUAUGAUCAUUCUCGCGUUCAUCUGCUAACAAUGAAAGGAGAAAAGCUUUCAAAUUAUAUUAACGCUAACUACAUUGACGGUUUUCAAAUGAGCAGGGCUUAUAUUGGCACUCAAGGACCACUUCCAUCCACUUUUGACUGUUUUUGGAGAAUGGUAUGGGAACAAAGGGUUACCACUAUUGUGAUGAUUACCAAUUUAGUGGAGAGAGGAAGGAGAAAAUGUGAUAUGUAUUGGCCCAAAGAAGGGUCUGAAACCUAUGGUGUGAUCCAAGUAACACUAGUCAAGGAAGAUAUCAUGGCUACUUAUACCGUUAGGACUCUAUCUAUUCGCCAUCUUAGAGUAUCUAUUAAGACUAAGAAGAGUCCAAUACCAGAAAAAGUUGUCUACCAAUACCACUAUACUAGCUGGCCUGACCAUGGCACACCUGACCAUCCUCUACCUGUUCUUCAUUUUGUUAAAAAGUCAUCUACAGCCAACCCUCCUGAUAGCGGACCAAUUGUUGUGCAUUGCAGUGCUGGUGUGGGAAGAACUGGAACUUACAUUGUGCUUGAUGCCAUGCUUAGGCAGAUAAAAACGAGGGGUGAAGUCAACAUCUUUGGAUUCUUGAAGCACAUUCGUGCUCAAAGAAAUUUCUUGGUUCAAACUGAAGAACAGUAUAUAUUUAUUCACGACGCGCUAGUUGAAGCCAUCGAAUGUGGGGAAACGAACAUUUGCCGCGAGAAUUUCCCCAGAUACGUCUCAUGUCUUCAGAAUAAACAGGUGGACGAGAAAGAUGAACUUUGGAAGAGUUUGGAUCACCAGUUUAGAUUAGUCACCAGCUUUAUUUGCAAAGAUUUCCACCUGGUAUCAGCAAAUAAAACCGUUAAUCAACCAAAGAACAGAUGUCCAACUAUCGUCCCUGUAGAAAGCUCCAGAGUUCACUUAACUCCAAAACCUGGUGAAGAUGGUUCUGAUUACAUAAAUGCCAGUUGGUUGCAAGGAUUCCAUAGCCUCCGUGAAUUCAUCGUUACCCAACAUCCCUUUAAAAAUACCAUAAAUGAUUUCUGGCAGAUGAUUUGGGAUCACAGCUCACCUCUUAUAGUCAUGAUUGGUAUUAUUGAUAACGCAGAAUAUGAAGUUUUUUGGCCAGUAGGUGAAGAAGUUAUUAAAACCACCAACUUUACUAUAAAUUUGACAAGUGAAAAUGCUGAUUCGACCUUUAGGCUUAGAGAAUUCGUAAUGAAAAGCAUACAGGAUGAUUUUGAGAUACCUAUCAAGAUGUUGGAGUGCAAUGAUUGGCCUAAUCAGAUUACUUCCAUUACUGAGAUAUAUCAAUUGCUUAAUUGCAUACUUGAUUUGCAGCUACCUACUGGGCCAAUAGUAGUUGUUGACAGAUUUGGAGGUACUGAAGCAGCUACAUUUUGCAUUUUAACAACCUUAAAAAAGCAUCUGAUCUACGAUAACAAUGUCGAUGCCUAUAUGUAUGCAAAACUUUACCACAACAAAAGACCCGGCAUCUGGACAUCUAUUGAUGAGUACAUGAAACUCCAUCUCGGCAUUCAGUCUCUGUGCAAUCCUCCCGAGCCCAUGAUACACGAGGUUACAGUAGAUUUACAUGUGGUAGCUAAUGGAAAUGUCGGAAAUAUCGAAAAUAGCGAAAGUAUUGAAAAUGUUGCUAACAUUGACAAUGGAGGACCAUCUAAUGAUUGCAUACGCGUACCUCCUGAAGAAGCCCCACUUGUAACCAUGAGUGUUUUGACUAACAGAAAUUAAGUCAAAUGCAGUUAUUUGGUGUAGAUGGAACAGUUUGGGGGUAGAUUUUGGUUGAAAUAUCAGCUAGAAUCAAUUUUUUGGUAUAUUUCGAGCCUAUUUGACCAAUUUUUAAUACUGUAUUUAAUGGUAUUAUAUAAUUUAUUUUAGGUUUUUUUUUAGUAAGUAAUUGUUUUAAUUUUUUAAGUACACUUUGCCUAAUCUUUUUUCAAAUGACACUACAGUGUUGUUAAAAAUGAAAUUGUUCAUAAAAUGUUUUCUACAAAAAAUUUUACCUACUUUUUACUUUUAAACGUAUGAACCAACAAAUAUAUUUAUAUAUAUGCCAUUCAGAACCAGCGCAGAAACCUUGGUGGUACUGUAAUAAAUUAUUUUUAUUUAUAAUUAUAAUUUAGGUAAAGAGUACUUGUUUAUAAAACUUGACUUUAUAUUUUUACAUCCAUUAUAUUAUUGUCUCUGUGAUACAUAGCAUUUGCUGUUUUAACUUGAUGCAUUUAAAAUAUAGCUAUUUUAAUUAACAUUUUCAAUUAAAUUAAUUUUGAAUUUAGACAUUAUAAAUAUUAUGACAUUCCCAUAAUUUUACAAUCACACUGAAAAUUUUGACAUUGAAAAUUUCCUCGACAUUCCAUAUGUUUUAUUAUAGUUGAAAACUGUUGUUGUAUAGAUGCUGUCUAUUUUCCUUUUUUU